AUGGAUCGCAAGAAAAACACAAGACAAAAAUAUUGUGAGAAUAUUAAAACUUUUUUCACUUCAUUUCUAUCAUCUAUUUCUCUUUUUCUUCUUCUUUUUUUCUUCUUCUUCCACUUCUUUUCCUUCUUCUUCUAUUUCAUUUUUCUUCUUCUACUUCUCUUUUAUCCUCUGAUUGUUUUCUUUACUACUUUGUCUUCUACUUCUUUAUCUAUUUCUUCUCUUUCUUCUUUUGUUUCGUUUUCUUCUCUUUCUUCUUCUUUUUAUUCUUCUUCUCUUUCUUCUUCUUCUUCUUCCUCUUCUCUUUCCUCAUCUACUUCUCUUUUUCUCUUUCUUCUUCUAUUUCCUUUUCUUCUCUUUCCUCUUCUACUUCUCUUUUUCUGUUUCUUCUAUUUCCUUUUCUUCUCUUUCCUCUUCUACUUCUCUUUUUUCUCUUUCUUCUUCUGUUUCCUUUUCUUCUCUUUCCUCUUCUACUUCUCUUUUUUCUCUUUCUUCUUCUAUUUCCUUUUCUUCUCUUUCCUCUUCUACUUCUCUUUUUUCUCUUUCUUCUACUAUUUCCUUUUCUUCUCUUUCUUCUUCUACUUCUCUUUUUCUCUUUCUUCUAUUUCCUUUUCUUCUCUUUCCUCUUCUACUUCUCUUUUUCUCUUUCUUCUAUUUCCUUUUUUUCUCUUUCCUCUUCUACUUCUCUUUUUUCUCUUUCUUCUUCUAUUUCCUUUUCUUCUAUUUUCCUCUUCUACUUCUCUUUUUCUCUUUCUUCUUAUAUUUCCUUUUCUUCUCUUUCUUCUUCUACUUCUCUUUUUCUCUUUCUUCUAUUUCCUUUUCUACUCUUUCCUCUUCUACUUCUCUUUUUUCUCUUUCUUCUUCUAUUUCCUUUUCUUCUCUUUCUUCUUCUACUUCUCUUUUUUCUCUUUCUUCUUCUAUUUCCUUUUCUUUUCUUUCCUCUUCUACUUCUCUUUUUCUCUUUCUUCUUAUAUUUCCUUUUCUUCUCUUUCUUCUUCUACUUCUCUUUUUCUCUUUCUUCUUCUAUUUCCUUUUCUUCUCUUUCCUCUUCUACUUCUCUUUUUCUCUUUCUUCUUCUAUUUCCUUUUCUUCUCUUUCCUCUUCUACUUCUCUUUUUUCUCUUUCUUCUUCUAUUUCCUUUUCUUCUCUUUCCUCUUCUACUUCUCUUUUCUCUUUCUUCUUCUAUUUCUUUUUUCUCUCUUUCCUCUUCUACUUCUCUUUUCUCUUUCUUCUUCUAUUUCCUUUUUCUUCUCUUUCCUCUUCUACUUCUCUCUUUUCUCUUUCUUCUUCUAUUUCCUUUUCUUCUCUUUUUCUUCUACUUCUCUUUUCUCUUUCUUCUUCUAUUUCCUUUUCUUCUCUUUCCUCUUCUGCUUCUCUUUUCUCUUUCUUCUUCUAUUUCCUUUCUUCUCUUUUUCCUCUUCUACUUCUCCUUUUCUCUUUCUUCUUCUAUUUCCUUUUCUUCUCUUUCCUCUUCUACUUCUCCUUUUUCUCUUUCUUCUUCUAUUUCCUUUUCUUCUCUUUCUUCUUCUACUUCUAUUUUUCUCUUUCUUCUUCUAUUUCCUUUUCUUCUCUUUCCUCUUCUACUUCUCUUUUUUCUCUUUCUUCUUCUAUUUCCUUUUCUUCUCUUUCCUCUUCUACUUCUCUUUUUCUCUUUCUUCUAUUUCCUUUUCUUCUCUUUCCUCUUCUACUUCUCUUUUUUCUCUUUCUUCUUCUAUUUCCUUUUCUUCUCUUUCCUCUUCUACUUCUCUUUUUCUCUUUCUUCUAUUUCCUUUUCUUCUCUUUCCUCUUCUACUUCUCUUUUUUCUCUUUCUUUUUCUAUUUCCUUUUCUUAUCUUUCCUCUUCUACUUCUCUUUUUCUCCUUCUUCUUCCACCUUUUCUUCUUCCACCCUUUCUUCUUUUCCUUCUUCUUCUAUUUCCUUUUCUUCUCUUUCUUCUACUUCUCUUUCUUGUUUUCUUCCCUUUCUUCAACUUUUUCCUUCAACUUCUUUGCCUUCUAUUUCUUUAUCUAUUUCUUCUCUUUCUUCUUUUAUGUGGUUUUCUUCUCUUUCUUCUUCGUCUUCUUCUUCUUCUUCUUCUUUUUCUUCUUCUUCUUCUCUGUUUUUUCUUUCUUCUUCUACUUCUUUUACUCCCACCUCAUGUCUUAUUUUUCUUCUCUUAUAUUUUCUUGUUCUUCUUCGUUUGUUUCGUUGUCUUUUAUCUUUUUUCUUCUUCUUUUUUUCUUGUCAUUCUUAUCUUUUCUCUUCUUCUCCAUUUCUUCUUCCUCUUUUCAUCUUCCUUUUUUCUUUUGUUGUUGUUGUUAUUUUUCUUUUCUUCUUCCUCUCUUCAUCAUCUAUUCUUCCUCUUCUUCUUCUCUUCAUCUUCCUUUUUACUUUGGUCCUUCUUCCUCUCUUCAUCUUCUUCUUCUUCUUCUUCUUCUUCUCUUCAUUUUCUCUUCUUCUUCUUCUUCUCUUCUUCUUCUUCUUCUCAUCUUCCGCUUUUCAUCUAUCUUUUUACUUUGGUCCUUCUUCUUUUUUCUCUUUCCUCUCUUCAGCUUCCUUUUUUCUUUUUUCCUUCUUCUUCUUCUUCUUCUUCUUCUUCUUCUUCUUAUUAUUAUUAUUAUUAUUAUUAUUAAUAUUAUUAUUAUUGCUUGUCGCUCAUUUUGUUCUUCUAUUUCUUGUCUUUUUUCUUUUUCCUUCUUCUCUUCUUUCCUUUCUUAUUAUUUCCUUGUUGUUCUUCUUCUUCUUUUUCUUUUUUUUUUCGCCUUCUUUUUCUCCUUUUUUUUCCUUUUCUUCUUCGAUUUCUUCUUUUCCGUCUUUUCUUUUUUUUUCUCUUCCUCAUUUUCUUAUGGCUUACCUUUUGUUUUCUUUCUACUUUCUUCUUCUUUUUGUGUUGUUUUUUUUUUCUAA